AGAGACAGAAUCGGAUCGUGUUCGUGGGCGAUAAGUUUGGCUACAUGGAAUGCGUAUUUUGUUGCUUUAAAUUUAUUCGCCGAUCUAGUGACGAUAUUUAUUGUAUUGGUCACAAUUGCUGGUCAGUUUUAAGCAGAUAGUGCUGUUGCCGAGACCCACUCGAUAAGGCAAGCAUUACGAUACCAAACAAUAAUAUUAAAUUGGGAGAAUCCUGGAACUGUGAUAAUUUUGGAAGCUGAUCUCACUUAAUCCCCGCGACGAUGGAAGACGAGAUAAAGCGUUCCUAAUCCUCAUUUUUUAUCACGCAGUAAAACAACGCCACGAUGCCUAUCAACUCUACGACGAUUUUUGAACUGGAAGACACUGAGCGCAGGAGAAAAAAGUGUGAAAAGUUACUUGCUAAUCAUCCUAGACUGCUUCCCGAGCCUUUCUGUCCCGGAACAUUCGAUGGCUGGCUCUGUUGGCCUAAUACUCCAGCUGGUGAACAAGAAAUCUUACCAUGUCCUGGCUUCGUCACGGGGUUUGAUCCUUCACUAACAGCUCACAAAGUUUGUGACGCAAAUGGAAGCUGGUUCCGACACCCAGAGACUAAUGCCGUAUGGAGCAAUUAUACGACUUGCGUUAAUACUGCUGAUUUACAUUGGGCACAGCAGCUUAAUAUUAUCUACGAAAUUGGGUACACGAUAUCUUUAAUUGCGCUUAUUCUGUCACUAGGGAUUCUCACGUAUUUUAGAUCAUUAAGAUGCGCGCGAAUAACAAUCCACAUGAAUCUCUUCGCUUCGUUUGCUGUAAACAACCUACUUUGGCUAAUAUGGUAUGCUUUUAUUGUGACAAAUACCGAGCUUAUCCACGCAAAUGGCAUAUCUUGUCGCCUACUGCACAUAAUUCUCCACUACUUUCUGCUAACGAAUUACUCGUGGAUGUUGUGCGAAGGGUUCUACCUCCACACCAUUCUUGUCAGUGCGUUUUCAAACGAGCAUAAAUUGGUUAAAUGCUUGAUGUCUAUUGGCUGGCCAGUUCCCGCGAUCGUUGUACUUAUUUAUGCUUCGUUAAGAUUUACAUCUAGUGAUGCGGCUGACAGUAUGAAAUGCUGGAUCGACGAAGGAAACUUCACAAGCGUCCUGGUUUACCCCGUCUGCGUGUCAACCCUCCUCAACCUGCUCUUUCUCUGCAACAUUGUUCGCGUUCUUCUGACCAAGUUAAGAGCUGGUCCAGCAAUCGGAACCCGGCCACCACGCUCGAUGCUUCAAGCUUUCAGAGCCACCCUGCUCCUAGUCCCGCUUCUGGGUCUGCACUAUCUCGUGAUACCGUUCCGUCCUCCGCCAGGACAUUCCUGGGAAAAAACUCAUGACAUCGUUUCUGCUGUUACUGCUUCAUUUCAAGGUCUAUGUGUCGCGAUUUUGUUCUGCUUCUGUAACGGUGAGGUCAUAGCGCAGUUUAAGCGAAAAUGGGAAGGUUCUGUACUUAUCAGAAAACGUGCCAACUCAUGCACCGCAACAACAGUGUCUGUCCGGUGGCGGGAGAGGAAAAGGUGUGACUAUCAGGCAGAAUUUCCUAUGGAAGAAAAGCUUGAGAAACUUAUCAUCGAAAAUCACUCCCACAAUCACAAUCACAACCACAACAGUGACCAUCAUCAUCAUCAUCUUCUCACGGAGGACAAGGAAGAGAACAAUGUUGCGAACGAGCAGGAGAUUAUUAUCAAACACAACGACUCAACUUAUGACCUCAACCAAUAUCAAACUCAGUGUUGAUUAAAUUUAGAUUUAUAUUUAUAUAUUUAAUGUAAACAUUUGAAUUUUAAUGUAAGGUGCAAGUUUCAAUUUUCUAUUUGUAAUUCAUGUAUUAUAUUUAUAUAAGUAUUAGAGUGACGCAAAAAAGCGACAAUUUUCUUCUUUGGGUUAAAUAUAAAAAUAUGUUAAAUUGAAAUGUUUUAAGUGCUCAAAAAAAAUUUUUAAGGUCACCUAAUACUUUCUAAUAAUUAGAAAAUCAUUAAAAAUUUUUUUUACAAUUUAAUUAAAGAUUUUUUUGAAAUUAGUUCUUGGUUUUGCCGCUAGGUGGCCUACGUCUCUCGCUUCUAGAAAUAUUUUACCAGAGUAUAUAUAAGGGCGGCACAAAAAGACUAUUUUUUUUAACUUACAAAAUACUGACGAUAAAAAAUAUUAAAAAUUUAAUUUUUAUAAAAAAACUUAUAAAA